AUGUCACCUGCAGAAGAAGAGAAGAGCUUACCUCUUCCAGAGAGAUGGCCCCGAGCCAGCAAAUUCGCUCUAUCAGCCUGUGCAGCGGCUGUGGCAGAACUAGUAACAUUUCCCCUGGAUCUAACGAAAACUCGACUGCAGGUCCAAGGUGAAGCUGCCGUUCAUCGCAAUGGAGCUGCUGCCGGCCAGGCGGUCCCUUACCGUGGCAUGCUGCGCACCGCGGCUGGCAUCGUGCAAGAGGAGGGCUUACGAAAGCUCUGGCAAGGAGCCACGCCGGCCGUCUACCGCCACAUAGUGUACUCUGGUGUUCGGAUGGUUGCGUACGAACAUCUCCGUGACUCCGUGCUUGGCAGGUCUGAGGAUGGAAGCUUUCCUUUCUGGAAAGCUGUAGUUGGAGGCAUGUCUGCGGGUGCCAUCGGACAGUUUUUUGCCAGCCCGACUGAUCUGGUGAAGGUGCAGAUGCAAAUGGAAGGAAAAAGGAAGCUGGAAGGAAAGCCGUUACGGUUUCGAGGAGUGCACCACGCGUUUAUGAAGAUCCUCUCCGAAGGAGGAAUACGGGGGCUUUGGGCUGGAUGGGUGCCAAAUGUCCAGCGAGCUGCUCUGGUGAACAUGGGAGAUCUGACCACUUACGACUCAGUGAAACACUUUUUGCUUCUGAACACACCGCUUGUGGACAAUAGCGUGACUCACAGUGUUGCCAGUUGCUGUUCUGGCCUGGUAGCUGCUGUUUUGGGAACUCCUGCUGACGUGGUCAAAACCCGGAUAAUGAACCAGCCGAGAGACAGGCAGGGAAGAGGUCUGCUGUAUAAGUCUUCCAUGGACUGCUUGAUUCAAACCGUACAGGGUGAAGGGUUUAUGUCUCUGUACAAAGGCUUUAUACCAACCUGGAUGCGAAUGGCUCCUUGGUCACUGGUAUUCUGGCUUACAUAUGAACAAAUCAGAAGGAUCUGUGGAGUUAGUUCUUUUUAA